AAGAGAAAAUAAAAUAACAUGACCUCAGACAAUCUUGUAGUGCUAAAUGCUCUUGACACAGCACGUACCCAAUGGUAUCAUGUCACCGCCGUUAUCAUUGCUGGAAUGGGAUUUUUCACUGACGCAUAUGAUCUAUUCUGUAUCACUACUAUAUCUAAACUUUUAGGCCGUUUGUAUUACUACGACCCAACUACCCGUGUCCCUGGAAAAUUGCCUCAUGUAGCUAACAAUUGGGUGAUUGGAGUUGCUCUAGUUGGUACUCUAUCUGGACAGCUUGUUUUUGGCUGGCUGGGAGAUAAACUUGGUAGGAAAAAAGUCUAUGGACUCACUCUAAUCCUCAUGGUCCUUUGCGCACUUUGCUCUGGGUUGUCCUUUGGUUAUAGCGCGAAAUCUGUAAUAGGGACACUCUGUUUCUUCAGAUUCUGGCUGGGAUUUGGAAUUGGAGGAGAUUAUCCUCUUUCUGCUACAAUCAUGUCUGAAUAUGCUAACAAGGCAACUCGCGGGGCGUUCAUUGCUGCUGUUUUCGCUAUGCAAGGAGUUGGGAUCAUUUUUGCAGGGCUCGUUUCAAUGAUUAUCUCCAAAUUGUUCUUGAUGAAUUAUGAAGGGAAGCCAUUUGAUGUGGAUGAAAUUUUGUCCACAGAGCCCCAGGCAGAUUAUGUUUGGCGGAUCGUGUUGAUGCUCGGGGCUCUUCCGGCUCUUCUUACCUAUUAUUGGCGAAUGAAGAUGCCCGAAACAGGGCGUUACACUGCUAUCAUUGAGGGCAAUGCUAAACAAGCCGCGGUUAACAUGGGGAAGGUUCUUGAUAUUGAAAUUCAAGCAGAAGGUGAUAAAUUGGCUCAAUUCAAGGCAGCUAAUGAGUACCCUUUACUCUCCAAUGAGUUUUUCCAACGCCAUGGGCUUCAUUUAAUAGGUACAAUGAGUACUUGGUUCUUGUUAGACAUAGCUUUCUACAGCCAAAACCUCACACAAAAGGACAUAUUUCCUGUCAUGGGACUCACUAGCAAAGCCAACACGAUUUCCGCUCUGAGGGAGAUGUUUGAGACAUCGCGUGCCAUGUUCGUGAUUGCCUUGUUUGGUACUUUCCCUGGUUACUGGUUCACCGUAUUCUUCAUUGAAAAAAUCGGCAGGUUUAGAAUACAAUUGAUGGGGUUUUUCAUGAUGUCCGUUUUCAUGGCGAUCAUUGGUGUCAAAUACGAUUACCUAAAGACUAAAGAACACAAAUGGACAUUUGCAACUCUUUAUGGUUUAACUUUCUUCUUUGCCAAUUUUGGCCCCAAUUCAACCACAUUCGUGCUCCCCGCGGAGCUAUUCCCUACAAGGGUGAGAUCCACUUGCCACGCGUUGAGUGCGGCUUCUGGAAAGGCGGGGGCAAUGAUCAGUGCAUUUGGGAUACAACAAUACACGCAAGACGGGAAUGUUCAUAAAAUUAAGAAAACUAUGGUACUGUUGGCCGUUACAAAUAUGGUUGGAUUUUGCUGCACAUUCUUGGUGACAGAGACGAAAGGGCGAUCACUCGAAGAAAUUUCAGGGGAGGAUGGCAGGCAGAAUGAGACACAAAUGAAGACUAGCAAACCUGUCUCUGGCCACCAGGACGACAGAUGGGAAUGAUAACAUGAUAUUAUACUGGCAAGUUUAAUAUCAUCACUUUGAGUAAUACGUAAUUACAUAUCUAGGAAAUCGUUCAAUAAACGGGCUUGCUAGGUGUCA